AUGCCUGGCAUACCUAUUCUAAUAUUUCAGCGUGCAAUUGAGAUCGUGCAGCGGGCGAUUGAUGAGGAUGUGAAGCACCACUAUCAGGAGGCUUAUGUACAGUACCAAAACAGUCUCGACUAUUUCAUGAUGGCCAUCAAAUAUGAAAAAAAUGAGAAGCUAAAGCAGCUGAUCCGAGCCAAGUUUGUCGAAUAUUUGGACCGAGCGGAGAAACUCAAGGAGCAUUUAAGCAAAGUGGGGCAAGCAGAAACCGCCGAGGGUGAAAAAGGAGCUGCGGGAGCGCAAAUGCAAGGUAAAGGUGAUGCGGACGACGUGGAUGCAGAGACGAAAAAGCUCCGUUCCGGCUUAUCUAGUGUGAUUUUGACCGAGCGGCCCAAUGUGAGCUGGGACGAUGUGGCUGGCCUGGAAACGGCGAAAGAUGCGCUGAAAGAGGCUGUCAUCUUGCCGAUGAAAUUUCCUCAGCUUUUUACUGGGAAGCGAAAGCCAUGGAGUGGUAUUUUGCUGUAUGGUCCUCCUGGUACCGGCAAAUCGUUUCUUGCCAAGGCGGUGGCAACGCAGUCGAACAGCACCUUCUUUAGUGUGUCGAGCUCCGACUUGGUCUCCAAAUGGAUGGGUGAAAGUGAGCGUCUUGUGAAGCAACUCUUUGCUAUGGCUCGUGAAGCGCGCCCCUCAAUCAUAUUCAUCGAUGAAGUGGACUCGCUCUGUGGCACACGCAGCGAGGGCGAAAGCGAAGCCAGUCGACGUAUCAAGACGGAAUUUCUUGUCCAGAUGAAUGGCGUCAGUAACGGCGACCAAACGGAUAUCCUUGUGCUCGGUGCCACGAAUAUCCCCUGGGCUCUCGAUACUGCCAUCAAACGCCGCUUCGAGAAGCGUGUAUAUAUUCCUCUUCCUGAGCUCGAAGCGCGUCGGCGCAUGUUUGAAUUGAACAUUGGAUCGACUCCCUGCACUCUGACGCCCAAAGAUAUACGGAUCCUUGCAGAGAAAACCGAUGGCUAUUCGGGCGCCGAUAUUGCUGUGCUGGUCCGUGAAGCGCUCAUGCAGCCUGUGCGCCGCGUGAUGAACGCCACGCAUUUCAAAAAGGUGACAUGUACCCUGGAGGAUGGAUCGGAGCACACGCGUUUCACGCCCUGCUCCCCCGGCGACCCUGAGGCGAUGGAAAUGACAUGGGCCGACGUCCAGUCCGAUCAGCUUCAGGAGCCUACGUUGGUCAUGAACGACUUUUUGAAAUCCUUGCAGGCGAUAAGGCCGUCUGUGUCGGCCGCCGACAUCCAAAAGCAUAUUGCUUUCACGCAAGAGUCUGGCAUAGAAUAA